GAGAUUAGUUUGAGCAAUUACUGAGCAUUGAGCAUGGAUUUUUACUCCCCCACCCAUGGAUCCACCCCUCCUCCUACAUCUGCAUGAGUCUUUAUUGACUCUUACCUAGUAGUGUAACAGUACAAAUCACAAUGUGGCGAAUAUUAUGCUCAGUGAGAGGGCCUUUUUGAUAUGGAACGACUAAACCCGCGUCUCUUCUGGUUGAAUAUGACAAUGCCAAAGGAUGGGGACCGUUUCAGUGGGUUUCACUGGUAUAAGGACACGCCGUGGACCUGAUGAAAGUGUCUUCACGUAUAAUGAUGUAAGAUUAUUCAUGAUUCUCAUCACUGCUCCCUCCAGACACUGACGUUGCUCCACUCCAAUCGUCUAUACUACAGCAGACAGGUCAUCUUCGACAGGGGGGCACCUGCUGUCCCGCUCCGCGCUGCAGAGGCUGUGACAGCACAUGAUUAGAGCACAGCUGGAAAGAGAUGCAGCCCUGAAAACACCUGAACGGACUUUGACAUCACAACAUCGGGCGACGCAAAGGCGUGCAUCGCGCUGCUUUGGAGCCGGGGGAGAUCCAGAAAUGAUGCCCCGUCUGCCGGGCGGCGGCAGAACGGCGUGCACUGGCACCUUCUUGUCGGCAUGCCUGAUCUCGGCUUGCCAAGCCCUCCAGAGCUGCUCGGGGGUCCAGUGCGGCAACGGCCAGCAGUGCUGUCCGCCCACCGUCACCGGGAACGGCAGUGCCACCUCCACGGUGCGCUGCUGCAGGCUCCCCAUCCACAUAUUCUUCGACAACGUGGGCUGGUUCACGCGGAAGCUGUCGGGCAUCCUGAUCUUGCUGCUGCUCUUCGCCAUGGGCUACUUCAUCCAGCGGAUCAUCUGCCCGCGGCCCCGCCGGCUCCCGCACGACGACCGCAGCGAGGAGCCCUCCCUCUUUCACGGGCACGCGUCGGCGUCCCAGGACACCCUGCUGGACCGGUACCCAGAAUACAGCAUCGGGGACUUCGCCUCCCCGAACCUGCCAGCCUACGACGAGGUUAAAUAUUUGCCCACGUAUGAGGAGAGCAUGCAGGAGAUGCACAGGGACCGGUCUGACGAUAACUUGUUGUCUGAGAACGAGAGGGGCGGUCAGGGCAGAGGGAGAGCAACAGGACCGAGAUCCGGGGAGCAGAGGCGGGAUGUCCUGGAGAUGUCAGGACCGCAGCAGAGCCCAAGGACAUCUCGGAACUCAGUUUGACGGAUCACAGAGGCGAGGACAUCAGAGACACUGUAGUAUUCUUAUUUUACUAUUAUCAGGGUGAUUAUCUUGCAGAGACACAAACUCAAGUGCAAUUAUAAUCCUGAAUGUAAAAAAAAAAUAUAUAUAUAUACAAUAAUAGUAAUAAUAAUAAAGGAGGAGGCUGAGAAAAUGUACGUGUUUCUAAGAUUAUGGAGGAUUAUCCGCCUUUUGUAUGCAAAUGACCGCUUGGGACAAGUAAAAGAGAUUAUAAAGUAAGCGAAGGGGGCUGGAAUUGACGUGCUUUGUGUUGGGAACAGCUAAUUUGGCUCCGGUACAAUCGCAUUAAGUUUUACUUCAGCACCUCAAUUUAAGUGGCACCGUGAAACACAUUCUCGUCCUUUCUUGUUCUUAUUGCUAAAUAUUCUGCUGGACUUGAAGAGAGAAAGAGAGAAAAAAAACCCUAUUCUUUUAUGCAUUCUUCCUUGAAUUUGCAUCCAAAAGGAAUAAUUUAUUUUUUUGCCCCCCUCACUAACCUGAAAUGUGGACUGAAAGAGGGAUUAUUAUCAAUUUUAAUACUUUUUGGGGAACACGUUUUGAUCAAGCCGGCUCUGGAGCCUGUGAGUUUAUAGCCCAUGAGCAUGAAAGGCAAUAUUCUGCUCACGCAUUUCACUGGAAACUGAUAAAUGAGCAUUUUGUCAGUGGCCUGAGUCGCGUUUGAUAUGUCUGCUGCAAGAGGAGCCACAGCAGGAGGUGUAAUUUUUAAAAAAACACGCUCAGAUCCGGGGAGCCUUACUAGCCCCGGAGCUACAUGUAGUGUCUCUUAGGUUGUGAAUUCAGGAAAAAAACAAUGGCAGAGAUUACAGCUGGCAUACUGACAUGGCGCAGUCUGCCAAGAAACCCAAGCUGUAUUUUCAGGGCAGCAGACAAGAUCAGAACUGCUGCUCCCAAGCAGCACUAACACUAAAACAUCAAUGAGGCAGGCGGCAGUAAUUUCUUUGUUCUGGCAGAGGGAUCUGAAGAUGCAGGCUGAGGAUAUCGUUUGCAUAUUGGUUCAUAGACAAGAAGGCGUUACGACCCGAAAGCCUAAUUACACACAAACCCUUGAAUCAGGUGUCUUGGAACGAUAGAUUUCAAAUUUUUCCUGUCUCGUUAAUUAGAAGCCAAAAAGAACAUGUGUGAAUUGUGAUUUUCAAUGUGCUUGGUUUAAAUGAUCAGCACUGUAAAAAAUAAUCACAUUUGAGGAACAAAACGUGUUUGCUUUCUUACGUAACCUACUAAUCUACUUAAUUAGUUGACUACAUUAGUUAUGAGACUAGUUAGGAGUAAACAUUAGGUGCAUCGUAUUACCCAUUUAAAGAUGCACAAGGAGAUACCACACCUUAUCACACCACACCUUAUCAAACCUAGACCAAUGCAUAGAACAGUGAAGGUACCCAGCAGUGCAACCAAUGUCUUCUUCUUCAUCGCAAUAAGCGAAACUUUUACGGAUUUUAAGCUGCCGUUAAGAUGCAGAAGAAGAACCGUGUAUUUGUGCGAAUCUACAGCCUUCAAAAUUAGAGACCUUGAACUCCUCUAAUGCUCCUCACACUAAAAGUCUAAGUGUGAUUGUGGUGGCUUGUGAAAUCCAAUACCGCCAGAUAAUGGUGGCAGAGCCAGUAGUGAUCACUGAUGGCUUUCUUUUCCUGAGGGAAAUUUGUGGUUGGGAGCAGUUUGCACUUAAAAAAGCAUUAAAACCCACUGAUGGGUAGACGAGGUGAAGUAUGCGACCUUAGGAUGCAUGAAGCCACGUAUGAGUGCUGCCCUGACCGUAGGAGGUGCGAAUGCUGUGUUUCGCUCUCUCCCUCGUAGUCAUUGUGGACCAGCUCCUGGAUCUAAGCUAGAACGUUACAGCUUAUUGCAUCCGUGGCGCCGUUUUCCUCAAAUGUACACAAUACGAAGCGUAUUGGUGCGCCCGGGGAAACAAAAUGUGAAUAUAAAAUGUGCGCUCAGGCGAUCCGGAACAUGAUCCUGUUAUUCUAUUUACAGUUUAACUACACAAGCAAAAUCAAUGAUAAUUAUUGUCCUCAUAAAUUCCACAUUAUUUCCAGGAAGUGUAGUCUUGGAUGAGUUGCAUUACUUGGCUAUCAAUCUGAUCUGCGACAACUGCCCAGUUAUUUAACAUACAGCGCUGCGGUUAAACAAAAGAGAAAUAUGCAGUAUAUUUAUUCAGUAAAAUCACUAAGAUUUGGUACAGUAGAGUCUGAAUGCAUGAUUUAAAUUCUCCUUUUCAAUGUGUGUGGCCACUGUGAAAUCUGACUCCUCACUGAUAAAUCUUUUCAUAGAUUAAUGGUGUUUGGUCUGGACAACUGUGUUUUAUCGCUGAGUGAGUAAGCCCACAAACGUAGCGCAGAUGGAGGGAGUAAAAUAAGAUAAAGACUGUGAGUUUGAGAAAGAGGGAAGAAGCUAAAUUCGCAGGGUACUGAGGAAAGAAAAAAAAACAGCAUGAGAGAAUGAACCCACUUAAGAGGUUUUCCUACAUCUACUGCUGUUUCAGCUUCACUCACAGUUUCUGGGAUUGUGCUGAUCACUUUCUACCGAAUCUGUCCAUAUCUGUCCACAUCCUCGUGAUAAAGUCUACAAGUCGUUUCUGGAGGCAGAUCUUCUCCCCCCAUGGCCACAGAUGGAAGGAGAUGGAUAGCCUAUAAAGGUCUGCUGAUGCACUGGCACGCUGCCAACCAGGGGGUGGAGCUCCUUGGCAAGCAGUUGGUUUCACACCUCAGCAGAAGAGGAAAUACAAGAAUAAUUCAAAGAGAAGCACUAGUGUAAAUAUAUUGGAUUGUAAACCACACGUGAACCUCGAAAUAGCGUCUGGGCGUGUGCGCAGCGCUGGAAAAACACCCCUCGCUUUCAAAGAUACUCGGAUCUUUGUGUGAAACCUGUCAAGUGUCAAGACAUUAAAGGUGAAAAAUAGAGAUAUUUUGAAUAAAUAUGUACGGUUUUAUUAAGUGACAUGUUUCUAGUGUUUCCACAAGGCAAUGUUUUUGAACACAUAAAAUGUAAAAAUAUUUUUCCAUAUAAAAAGUGUAACAUUACUGACACACAAACCACGCAUUUGUGCACGAGGAAGCAAGUCAAUUUUGGACUAAUGGAAAAAAAGACAGCAAUCAAUUUUGAACUCAAAACCAGUCUCUGUCCCUUUCUACUGAUGAGAAACAGAGAUACUCUUAUCAAAAGUGUUGUCAUCUACC